CGCACCCAACAAUGUGUUUAGCACCCACCGCGUCGUCGAAGCCGGCCAAGUCGGGUGGAGGCAAGCAGAAGAAGUGGAGCAAGGGCAAGCAAAAGGAGAAGGUGAACAACACGGUGAUCUUCGACCAGGCCACCUACGACAAGCUGCUCACCAAGGUGCCCAAGUACAAGCAGAUCACGCCCUCCGUCCUGUCCGAGCGACUCAGGAUCAACGGGUCGCUGGCUCGCAGGGCCAUCAAGGACCUAAUGGAGAGGGGACUCAUCAGGAUGGUGUCAAUCUAGUCCAGCCAGCAGAUCUUC